AUGAUUACAUAAAAUAAAGCCGUUCUCAACUGGAGAGAGUUCUUUAUGAAUGAAAACCUCCUCACUGAUGCUUACAAAUUCAGAGACUGGAAUUAAUAAGACCUUGAAAUCCCAGAGAAGGAAACCUUGAUUAAGGAUCUUACAAGAACGAGAAACGAUGACCCUUACUUCAAAAAGGAGUCCACCCAACGAUAUCUUAUGCUACUAGCCACAUUUUAUUGCCAACAAAACAGUGUCAACUAUUAAUAAGGAAUGCUUGAAGUUGUGGCACCAUUCUUAGUCAUGAAAAAUAGAGACUUUCCUAUAUAAAAAUGCUAUGCCUAUUUUAAUUCUUUCAUGAACAAGUAUUUCCCCAAAGUUCUUGAAUGGAAUAUUCUCAAAGGACAAAAGCAACUCGCUCAUGUUCUAUCUGCCAUUCAAUUCUGUGAAAUAUUGCUUAAAUAUCAUUGCGCUGACUUCUAUAAUCGAAUUCUCAAGCUAGACGACUUCAACCUAUCGAUGGUAGUUACACCAUUAAUAAUGACACUGUUUGCCAAAGGUACAUCGAUCCAACUUGUUUUCCUGAUUUUUGACGAGUACAUGAAGAGACACAAUCCCAAUUACAUCUUUUUCAUGGUUGCAGCUCUAUUCAUGAUCUAAAAAUAAGAAAUAUUAUCGAUUGAGGAUUCUGAAGAGCUAUUUACAUAUCUGAACAAAAAGUUGAAGCAAAUACAAUACGAGUCCGACGUUUAGAGUUUAUUUGAUAGGGCUGAUGAACUGUACUCUCAAACCCCAGAAUCUUAUGAGUAACUAAUUGCUUCUACAUCCUUCAAUGAUAAAAGCGUUUUAAGCGUUGAAGACAUUACAGAAUUAACCAAUCUAAGUUAAUCUUAUUAUUCCUAAUGUUUAUUCAUAGAAGUUUCUGAAAUGAAAUCUUUGUUUGGGAAAUCAAAAAAGCAACCUACAAAAAAUUUAUAGCUAUAAUUACUUGAUAUCAGAAAGGUAAAGAAACCUAAGUUAAGUGAAUUCCUGCCCAAAUAAUUUAUAACAAAGAAACCUGAUGGGAAUUUCCAUACUUGUUUAAUUACAGAUUCUAAUCAAACUCUAGAUGAUGCAGUGAAAGUGGCAAAUUAGCUGGUCCUUGAUGGCGUUAAGCAUGUUUCUAUUUUGAAGGGAGUCAUUGUCGAUUUCGAUUAAGUAGUAAAAGGAUUGUUCGAUCAUGUGAUGGCAAUUUUACAUAUUUUAUUAUAAUACGCAUUUAUCGUAUGGUAUAGUGGUAGAGUCCAAAAAGGAUAUAAUAAUGUGGAUGUAAUGCAUUCUUUGUCACCAGUUUUAAUGCGAGUUUUCACUUUCUUAUGA